AUGUCACCAUCCACGACCCAUACAUUGGGGAACGACAAUGGCAUCGAUACCUUAACGCCCUCCGAAAAGAAAAUCCACAACCACGAGACGGAAAUGAGAAAGUCAUACGAUGUGGAGAAUGUCGCUUGCCAGUUGGAGGAGAUCAAAGACUUCAGACAAGGUCUACACCAGCGUCAUAUUCAGAUGAUUGCCCUCGCCGGCACAGUUGGUACCGGUCUCUUUCUCAGCUCCGGACGAGCAAUUGUCUACGCUGGCCCGCUGGGUGCAUUCCUUGCAUACUCCAUCAUUGGUCUCACAGUGUCGAGUGUUGUAUGGGGUGUUGGAGAGAUGGGUGCCUUGGCUCCUCUCAAUGGUGGUGUGAUUCGAUAUGCAGAGAUCUUCUGUGAUCCUGCUCUAGCAUUCGCCAAUGGAUGGAACCAGGUUUAUUCUUACAUUGUCUCAAUUCCCUCCGAGAUUGUCGCCGCCGCCGUUAUUAUCGAAUUCUGGACAACGAUGAACAACGCCAUUUGGAUCACAGUCUUUGGUCUGUUGAUGCUCAUUACCGCCUUGAUGUUCGUUCGGGUAUAUGGAGAGCUAGAGUUCGGGUUCUCAAUCUUGAAAAUCAUGCUCGUGAUUGGAAUCAACAUUAUGGCUUUGGUUAUUACAUGUGGCGGAGCCCCAAACCACAAGUCCAUCGGCUUCGAGUACUGGAAGGCACCUUACGGACCUAUGGUUCAGUACCUAGGACUUCCGGGUGCUCUGGGGAGGUUUCUGGGAUUUUGGAAAACAUUUGACAACGCCCUCUACUCCUAUUCUGGAAUCGAAAAUAUCACUGUCGCAGCAGCUGAGACUCGCAACCCUCGCCAAGCUAUUCCCAUGGCGGCUAGACGCAUCUUUAUCCGGAUCUUGCUCUUCUAUGUGAUCACCAUCUUUAUGGUUGGCCUAGUCGUUGCAUCGACUGAUGAUGCUUUGCUCGGUUCAACAGGUACCGCCGCCCAGUCACCAUUUGUGAUCGCUGCUCGCAACGCCGGUAUCAAGGUUGUGCCCUCCAUCAUCAACGCCGUCGUUCUCACCUCGGCAUGGUCUUCGGGUAACUCCAACAUGCUUGGCGGAUCUCGCAUUCUUUACGGAAUGGCAUCCCAAGGGCAUGCGCCUGCAGUAUUCAAGCGUAUCAACCGUUUCGGCAUCCCUUGGGUUGCCGUUUCUCUUUACGGCGUUUUCAUGGCUCUUGGAUACAUGACUCUGUCCAGCUCAGCAAGCAAUGUCUUUACAUGGCUGCAAGACCUUGUCUCGAUUUCCACUCUGGUCAACUGGAUCUGCAUUUGUGUUGUCUAUCUACGAUUCCUCUACGGAUGCAAGAGGCAAGGCAUUGAUCGCCAUGCGGAGCUUCCAUGGGCUGCACCAUUCCAGCCGUACACGACUUGGGUUUCUUUGUUCGUGUUCAUUCUUCUCUUCUUCACAGGAGGAUUUUCUACGUUUAUGAACGGCCGUUGGAGCACUGAGACGUUCAUUUCCUCAUACUUUAACCUUCCCUUCAUUGUGAUUGUAUACUUUGGCUACAAGUUCUGGAUGAAGACCAGAAUCAUUCCGCUGGCGGAAAUCCCUAUUCGGCCUUUCAUCGAAAGCUACCAGAAUAACCCUGAGCCGGAGCCCAAACCCAAGCGCGGUCUCAAUAAGCUUAAUGUUUUGUGGUCUUGA